AUGAAGCCCUCCUCAAUAGGCCGGCCCCACUUUAAGUUAUCUAACAAUGAGGCGGAGUAUGAAGCCCUCCUCAAUGGGCUGCGGUUGGCGGCAGGACUACGAGCGAAAAAGGUUCGGAUUCGAUGCGAUUCCAAGUUGGUAGUCAGCCAGGUAUCUGGAGAAUAUGAAGCCAAUGAAGGAAGCAUGCAGAAAUACAGAGACGCGAUGCUGAGAACCUUGCGCGAAUUUGAGGGAUAUGAAAUACACCAGGUACCAAGAGAGCAGAACACCGACGCCGACAUGCUCUCCAAACUAAGCACCAGAGUCCCCAACCACAUCUGGAAGAUCGCUCGGCUAGAACACCUCGAGACUUCAACUAUCGAUAUUUCAUGGGUCUUCCCUGUGCAGACUAGGGAGCCAUGUUGGAUUGACCAUAUCAAGCGAUACAAGGCAGAUGGGCCCUUACCGCAAGAUGAGGCAGACGCAAAGGUAACAAAGUUACAGGCACCCAGCUACGUCGUCUCGGGCGAUAAUCUAUACAAACGCUCCUACAACGGCACGUUACUGAGGUGUCUAUACCCAGAUGAAGCUAAGUUGGCGAUGGAAGAAGUCCACGAGGGGGUAUGCUCCGCGAACCAAGGGGCGUACACCAUUGCACGACGCAUCAUGUUGCAAGGGUAUUUUUGGCCCAAAAUGCUGAGGGACUGUGCCGAGUAUACAAAGCGAUCUCCCAAGUGCCAGGAAUUCCAGGCACUACCGGGUCGACCUGCGACAAACUACACCCCGGUAAGCAUCGCGAUUCCUUUUUCAAGAUGGGGAAUUGACCUGACUGAUGAUGUGGAUGUUGUUUUCGCCUGUGCGUUCACCUUAGUGUGGACGUGUUUAAAAUGGCCUGGAAAUCGGGGGUGUUACACCCUUCCCACGGGGACUAGAAGCAGGAAGUACAUCAUUGUGGCCAUCGACUAUUUCACGAAGUGGGUGGAGGCCGAGCCCCUGGUGAGCAUCAUCGCAGCAAGGUGCAAAAGGUUUGUCGAGAAGAACAUUCUGUAUCGUUUCGGUAUCCCUCUUCAAGUAAUCACAGACAAUGGUCGUCAGUUUGAGGCACGAGAAUUUUCAGAAUUCCUAGCAGGAUGGGGCAUUAAGCAUAGCCGGGUGGCGGUAUCUUAUCCUCAGGCGAACGGACAAGUGGAGAAUGCAAACAGAACCAUCCUCGACGGCCUCAAGAAAAAGCUAGAAGUAGCCGGCGGAGCCUGGGUGUAA